AUGGCUGACAUGAUCCUCAGUUUCGUGGCGGAUGCAACUCUGCCUAGGGUGGCUUCGCUCAUCACCGAUGAAAUCAUCCAUGCUUGGAAUCUCAAGGACGACUUGAGAGCCCUUCAAGAUUCCCUCGACUCGAUUCGUCAUGUGUUGCAAGAUGCUGAGGACAAACAAAAUGAGAGAGAACAUGUCAAGCACGUGUUUGAUGAGUUAACCUACGAGAAUCUUCGCCGAAAGGUUGAGAUGCAAGACCAACCAGGGAGGGAGCCAGGGAGGUGGGAUGAUUUAAAAAUCCGUUUGGAAAAAAUUAGUGGAAACAACGGAAAUGCUAUUAUUGUCACGACUAGGAAAGUGGAGACUUCUAUUUCAUGUAGGCAUACAUUAGAUUUGUUAUCUGAUGAUGAAUGUUGGUCCAUUAUGAAGGAAAAGGCAUUGGGAAAUAGAACAUCAAUCCCUCCAGACUCACACUUGGAGGCCAUUGGAAAGGAGAUUGCAAAAAAAUGCAGAGGAGUGCCGUUAGCUGCAAAAGUUUUAGGUGGGACUACGGGUUUCAACAUGAAUAAGAAUGCCUGGCUGUUAAUUGUAAAAAUUUUCCCAAAAGAUUUUGAGAUUGACAAAGAACAAUUAAUUCAGCUUUGGAUGGCUGAAGAUGUGGAAAUGGAUGAAUAUGAGAAUAUUAGAUCGUGCAAGAUGCAUGAUCUUGUGCAUGAUCUUGCAUUGUCUCUUUCAAAGUCUGAAACAUUAACUUUGGAAAAUUGUUCAACUGGUGAUGAUAUAUCUUCCACUCGUCAUUUAUAUGUAGAUCGUCAAAGUGCAAUGGCAUUUUCAAAAGGGAGUGCUAAGAAGUUGUGCAGUUUAUUCAUAAAGGAUAUUGUCUUUGAUGGGUCUUGGAAGUUGAAAAGGUUGCGGACUCUAAACUUUGGAAGCUUGAGGCAUAUUGUUUUUUCUGAAGAUCACCAUAUGCCAUCUGUGCUGGGGCGGUUAACUUGUCCACAAACACUGCCAUUAUUUGUUGUGGGUCCAGAUAGGGGAGGUAGCAUUCAAGAACUAGAAAGCUUAAACCAGCUAACAGGAGAGUUACACAUAAAGCAGCUUGAGGAGGUGAGAGACAAAGAAGAAGCUAAGAAAUCAAAUCUGCAAAGGAAAACGAAAAUAAAAGCCCUGCGAUUUGAAUGGACUGGUGAAAGAGAAAUCAUAAGCAAUGAUGAGGAAGUGUUGGAAGCCCUUGAGCCUCAACCAAACAUAGAGAGUUUAUGGAUCAAAAAUUAUUUAGGUGAAAAAUUCCCGUCUUGGCUGUUAAUGAAGAGAAUAUCAAGUGAUGGUGAUUCUUUCAUAGUAUUCGAUAAUUUGGUGGAUCUUUAUUUGGGGGGCUGUAAGUGGUGUGAAGAACUCCCAAGGCUUGGCCAUCUUCCUCGUCUUAAAAUACUUCAUAUAUAUGGAAUGGAUAAGAUCAGAAGUAUAGGGGAUGAUUUCUAUGGCAUUGAUGGUGGAAGCACGAGUAAUGCAGUGAGAGCUUUUCCAGCAUUAAAGAAUUUUAUAUGGAGAGUUUCGUCGAAUGGAAGGCAGCACCAGUAG